AUGGAAGUGAAUGCUAGUCCCAUUUUGCAGGUCGUUUGGGAGAUUGUUGGUGAGACGAACAACGACCUCGUCACCCCAAUCUGGAUUUUCAUUCAUUCCAUGAUGCGGACCUCCUUUGGGCUGCAAUUGCUUUUAUUGGGCUUUGCAGUGUCAGCGAAACAUAUUUCAUCGCGAUCCUCCCCAUCGGAAUCGUAUAGCCUAUAUGCCUUUGGUGACAGCAUUGGAGGAUUUCCGAUGUACUACGCUGACGGUGAUGCUGUGGUUGGAAAUAAGGCUCCCUGGAAUGCAACUAAUGUUGGUCAAGUUUCCUUUACGCCUGGUGAGUCCGGCCCUAUGGUAGGCAAUCCAGCUUCCAACUCAACCGGGGCGAAUGGUACGAGCCAGCCCGCUUUUCAAAAUCAACAAUGCUUUGUUCGCCGCCCAGACUCGAGCGAUCACCAAGUUGGCUUUACCCAGAAUGCCACGUCAAACCAAGUCCCAUCAAAUUUCAUUUGGUACGGACAUUUUCUACUCGUUGAGAAUGACGGUGGAGAAUAUACAUCGCGUUUCUACGUGAAGAAGACCGAACAAGAGGAUGUAUUCAACAUUACAGAUGACGAUGAUGAGGAUGACUUCAUCUUAAUCUCUAUGAGGGGUCUACCUCCCCAUAAUGCUUGA